CGCUCUCGCUCCAUUUUAGCGUCCUCCGUCUCCUGCGCCAGUAGAGCUAGGGUUUCUGCAUUCUCGCCGGCAGGAGUCGACGCAACCAUGGCGGCGCCCAUCGAGUCCGUCCAGUGCUUCGGGAGGAAGAAGACGGCCGUCGCCGUGACCUACUGCAAGCGCGGCCGCGGCCUGAUCAAGAUCAACGGCGUCCCCAUCGAGCUGGUCGAGCCGGAGAUCCUCCGGUUCAAGGCCUACGAGCCGAUCCUCCUCCUCGGGCGCCACCGCUUCGCGGGGGUUGACAUGAGGAUCAGGGUCAAGGGCGGCGGCCACACCUCGCAGAUUUACGCCAUCCGCCAGAGCAUCGCCAAGGCCCUGGUCGCGUACUAUCAGAAGUACGUGGACGAGCAGAGCAAGAAGGAGAUCAAGGACAUCUUGGUUAGGUAUGAUAGGACUUUGCUUGUGGCUGACCCGAGGAGGUGCGAGCCCAAGAAGUUUGGUGGACGCGGUGCUCGCGCCAGGUUCCAGAAGAGUUACCGUUGAAGGGGAAUUCGAGGAGGGAGUCGACAAGUUCUUCCUUAUAUUGUUCUACUUUUGUUUAUGUUUUAGCUUCUGGUUUUUGAGGACAUGGAUUCAGCUGAAGUUUCGAUUUGAUAUAUUGAUGAGUGUUUUGGCGGACCGGCUAGUCAGUGCUCAUUUUUGUUAUUUUAGGUACUCAUCUGUUGGCUAUAGCUGGUUGAAAGAUGAAUGCAUGAUUCACUUCCAAA